CGUCAUGCUUGCCUUUGCUCCUCGACUAGCAGCCCGCUGUAAGGCUACACGGCGCUCGAACACUCCAAUUGCACGGCUUGCACAGACCAGCGUAGUACCUAGGCAUGCAUCUCGAGGGUUUUCUUCGUCUGCGCCGGCGAGGAACCAGCCUUUGCCUGACGCGAGUGGGCGGGACAAGGCUGCCGUUGGGGUCUUCACACCAAAAGCUGCUGCUCUAUUUGUAGCAACAGGAGUCGGACUGUUCUUCUAUUUCCGGUAUGAGAAGCAGAAACUCAUUGAGCGGAGACAAAAGGAGCUUGAGGACAAGCAGGUCGGAAGACCGAAUGUCGGCGGACCAUUUACUCUAACUACACAGGACGGGAAGACGUUCACGGAGAAGGACCUCCUCGGGAAGUGGAGUCUCAUCUACUUCGGCUUCACUAACUGUCCAGAUAUCUGCCCGGAGGAGCUCGACAAGAUGAGCGCGGCAGUGGACACCCUCGACAAGGAGUACGGGCCUGUCGUCCAGCCCAUCUUCAUUUCCGUCGACCCGGCACGGGACUCGGUCGCUCAAGUGAAACGCUACGCCUCAGAAUUCCACUCGCGGCUUGUGGGCCUCACAGGCGACUAUGACACUGUGAAGAAGACAUGCAAGGCGUACCGCGUAUACUUCUCCACACCACCGGAUGCGAAGCCGACGGAUGACUACCUUGUUGACCACUCGAUUUUCUUCUACUUUAUGGACCCUAACGGGCGGUUUGUGGAUGCGUUCGGUAAGGCUACCACCGUCGAGGAGGUUGUAGCCCGCGUGCAGAAGGAGAUCGGCGUCUGGCACGGACGAACAGGGAAGACUGCGUAAAUAGUAGUGCACUGUGGUAGUCGCCUCGACAGGAAAUACACCACCACUCGGACCAAUCAUUGUUGCGAAGCAUUUGAGUAGCAUCAUGCGAGGCUCUCACGG